ACCGCGGACGAGCCGAGUGCGGGAAACCCGGUCGCGCGUACUACCGACCGACCGAUCUCACUAGUAGACGGUAGUAGUGUUCGAAGGGUUACAAUCGCGGCGAGAACGAAAGGGAGGGAACGGGAAAGGGGUAAACGGGGGGGUGAACGUCGACGAGAGAGCACGUCGGAGAGGAUCUCCGUGAGCUUCGCGUUGGUGCGCGUCGUCUUCCUUCACGUCUUCCUCGCGAGUAACGGAAAUCAUAGAAGCGAAAGGUGCCCUCAUCCAGGGCACACACAGGGGGGGGAGGGGUGACACGAAGCCCCCUGCGAAAGUUCCGACAGAGUACAAAAUUCGGAUAUACAGAGGAGACCGUGAGAGAGAGAGAGAGAGAGAGGUCCCCGCCGCUUGCGUCACGGUGAAGAAAUCCGCGCGCGCGAGAUACCCAACGGCAGCGAGAUAAUGUGAUAUCAGUGUAUCGCCGGAGAAGCGGAGAAGGGAGAGAGCGAACGCGAGGAGAUCGGUGGAGGUGCGCGAAACGACGAGAGAACGAAAAGGGGGUUGCGACGAGGACGAGGAGAAGAGUGCCGCCGCUCGCUCUCGGGGAGAGUAUGCGCGAGUCCUGGUAGCACCGGUCGGCUGGGGGAUGAGCGCGCGGACGACGACGGAGGUUUAGGUGGAGGUGCGCCGCGAGGAAGGUGCACCCGGCUGGCUCCAGCUGCCGCGUGUUCCAUGAGAUGUCAGUGGACCCGUCGCGAACAGUCGCUACGCCGUCGUUGUCGUCGUGAUCACCAUGAGGAGGUCCUCCUACGUCAACUACUACGUCCUGUGCCUCGUGUGCUGGAUCCUACUAGGCAUUACCGGGGUGAGCACGAGAUCCCAUUCGUUGGUGAAGAGGUUCGACGGGAUUUACACGGGGCCUUACUUCGACUCGAACACUCCAACGAAUAUCACGGCGCAGUUGGGCACUCAUGCUUACCUGCCGUGUAAAGUGCGGCAGCUCGGUAACAAAUCAGUCUCCUGGAUCAGAAGAAGGGACUCGCACAUCCUCUCGGUGGACAGGACCAUGUUCAUACCGGACGAGAGGUUCCAGGCGAUUUUCGGGGAGGCGGACACGUGGACGCUGCAGGUGAAGUACGUCCAAGCGCGCGACGAAGGCGAGUACGAGUGCCAAAUCUCGACCGACCCGAAGAAGAGUCACAUCAUCAAGCUCAACAUCGUCGUGCCAAAGAUCGAGAUCUUGGGGGACCGUGACAUGUACGUGAAGACUGGAAGUACUGUCGCGAUACGAUGCGUGAUAAAGCAGUCCCUCGAGGGCCCGUUCUACGUCUUCUGGUACCACGAGGGCGAUCGCGUGCUGAAUUAUCAGCUCGCCAAGAUCGACAUUCAAACGAAGCGAAUCGAUCAGGACACGGUGAGCAGCCUCAUGAUCCACGACGCGAAGCGGGAGGACUCGGGUAACUAUACUUGCAGCCCGAGCAACCUGGACAGCGCGAGCGUGCAGCUACACGUGCUGAACGGGGAGCAUCCCGCCGCGAUACAGAGAGGCAUCAGCUCGGCACCGGGUGGCUGUCCGACGCUCUGGUGGCUGGCAGGUGUGGUGACACUGUACUCGAGUCACGGCAGCCGCCAGCUCGUCUUCGCUCUUCUGCUCCUCAUGGUACUCUACUCGAAAAAUCCAUCUUACUUUGCGACGGAACGAUAAUCAGGCAAGACCGGUGUGUGGAUGGUAUACGCGAUAAUCGAUUAUCUCCUGCUACGAGACCCCGACUACCUCGAGAGAAGAGAUCCUCGACGUUCUGCGGACCGAUUUCCCCGAGAUGAUUAGGGACGGAAAAAAGGGCGGACGGGCGGAAGGAUCAGGGAAAAGAGAGGGAGAGAGAGUAACGUAGCGCGAUAGAUUGGGAUCGGAAGAGAGAAUAAUGAUUCCGGAGGUAGUAUGUUUUUUCUCCGUGCGCGAAGUAAGGAGUUAGAGAUUCAUCUCGACUAUCGUCGAGACAGCGAUCCGGCCGUUAGAAAUUAGGGAUUAGUUAAUUAUAUGAAUUUCUUGUUGAAUUGCCGCGGGAGCUUGAACGCGCUGGAGAGUGGGCCGAAGGAACUCCGUCGACGACGCUGUAACGGCGUCGUCGGGAAUGCAAAUCAGACCGGGCUCGGACGAUGACAAAGUAGACGACGACGGGUGGUCCGUGAAUACGCGCGCACGUUUAAGAAUCCUCGAUGAAAAGCGCCGGACUAAUUUUGGUUUUCUUAUACGAAACUGUUCUGCCAGAUCAACGCCUUUUUCAUCAAUUCCAAUACGCGCAGAGCCAAAUUACCGGACGAGACGUCGCUCGAGACAAUUUCGGUUGAAUGUCUCGGAGAUGAUUUCGAGCUUGUCGCGUCCAUGCGCUCGCGGAAUCGUUUUUGCGAACCGCCCGUUCGUUGGCCCGGUGAAGGGUAGAAAGGAUUACGAAGUAUCGAGAAGAAAGGAGUGUCCUAGAAACGAUCGCGGUCGCUGAGAUCCUGUCGCGAGGGCGUUGAGUGGUUUCGUAGCGUCCGUUAGAGGAACAAGAACGCGGUAACGUGACGAGAAAUAUACACGGCAAAAGAGAAAUGAAAAUGCGAGACACUGAGAUAAAGAGAGAGAGGGAGAGAGAGAGAGAGAGAGAGAGAGAUCGGAAGGCCACAGGUAGACACGUCGACGAGGUAUGACGACGUUGGAGAAAGAAUCGUCGUGAGGGUGGAAAGUGGAAGGAGCAGAUUAAGAGAAAAAAAAAAAGAAACACUUCGUCCGCGCCGCUCGGAGACAGAAUUGAAACUUGUUCGAUGAAUUUUCGAAAUGCGAUGUGAUUAAUUAUAUUCGAUAGCGACCGAUCAAUAAGGCGUGUCUAUACUCGACGUCUUACCGCGCGAUUUGAGAUCGUCCUGAGACCGAGCGAUCUCGGCCGUGUCGUCCUUUGGACGAUUUGUCGAUACGCGCGCGCGCGCCCAAGGUAACGAAAGUUCUUUUUAAAAUUCGUUUUAUCGAUCAGCGGGUUGGUUCUUUAGAAAAAGAAAAAAAAGGGGGGGGGGGAAGAAGGAAAGAGAGAGAAGAGAAGAGAAAAACGAGGAAGAAGCCCGGGCAGAAAAUGAGUAGAGUAGAGUCGGAAACUCUCCUCCGUGCGAGAUCUCAUUGGGAAGAAUUCAUAUCAGAGCGACGCCGCGCCAUAUCAAAUUCUCACAGUCGCAGUCGCGAUAUUGUACACCGAUAUAUAAUUCUCAGCGCACAGGUCACACGGUGAUUCGGAGAAGGCCGCGCGAUGACGAUGACAAGUUAUUUCGCGCGUGACGAUGAUGACGAUGACGCGAAAGAACGCGGAUCGCGCUCCGUUCGUCCGGGAAGACGAGAAUCGAGCGAGGACGAGGGCACGACGAGAGCGCGGCUCGACAAAGUCGUCGGCUCGUCGCGGACCUCCCUCGCUCCGGCGAGAAUAUAUCGCGACCGGGAUAAUUAUCACUGCCUAUCUACUUACGAAACACUUUAGCCGUUUCUCGAAGGCGACGAGAGCGUCUCGCGACGAUCUGCGCGAGGACGAACGUUUUAAAUUGCGGGGAGUAUUUAAAAGCGCAUUGAGUAUACACACGACGAUCGGGAUAUAUCAUACGUCCGCCCAUGCACAGACUGGAUCCAUUGCGACGCGGGCCGCACACGAGAGAACGGAUGCGUCUUCACUGUACUGAUGAAUCGCUCACCGACGCGCAUCGUCUCGAGAUUUCGUGGGAACGUCGCGUUUUUAUAUGUAUACAUGAAAUCGAAAGAGAGAGGAAGAGAGAGGAGAAGGAAAGAUCCCUUAGGAAUACAUAGGAAGAAGAUUUUCUCACGAGCACGCGCACAUACACACUUAACCACUCGGAAGAUCGAAAGAUUCGCGAUUCCACGCCCGCGUUCGUGUUUUCUUUCUCUCCGUUUUUUUUUUUAUUCUUUCCCGCGAGGAAUCCUCCGAAACGCGUCGCACAACUUUCCUCUUUAUCGCACAUCGCGUAUCGGUUUUCUAUACGAAAAUUUACAAAUUCACCUCUAUACACACGUAUACGCAGCGCGGAGAACGUCUCUCUCUCUGUCGCGCGCGACAACGCGUAUCCCAAAUCCCAUCCUCGAUUAUUCUCCUCGGAGGAAAUUCGUUUUCGCGAUCGGUCGCGUCAAACGCGUCCCAUCUCGUCGUCCCGCGGUACGUCGUCCCUUCGACACAUACGGACAUACGGUUUUUUACAACAUCAUCGCACACGAGGCGCGUUCCCACGACGGCGUCCCGGCCCGCGGCGCGCCGUUUCUGAGCAUGAUCGGUUGUAUAAUUUAGCGGACGAACGGUACAGCUUUCCGGCGGGCGCUCGCGCGCCCGCCGCGAAUUUGCUUUCUUCUCGCAAGUACUAGAGAAUACUGUUUUUUAUAAUAUUAUAUAUAUAAAUAAAUAUAUAUAUAAAUAUAUAUACAAACGAACAGAAAUAUAUAUAUAUGUAUAUGUGUACGCGCUCAAAUACGUUGCACAUGGGUGUUGAAUAUUGAACAAGUUUCAGCUCGCACGAACGAGAGGCGCACAUAAAGCGGAUACGUAAGGUGUACGUUCUCGUUGAGAGGAUUUUUUCCUUUUUUUUUAUAGAAAAAAAGUCCCGAAGAACAAAUAUACACGCGCGCAGCAGAUCAGAAUGCGAGGAGGUGUAGGGAAGGUGGUGGUGGGAAGACGAGAGAGAGAGAGAGAGAGAGGGAGGGAGGGAGAUAAAGAAAGUGAUAGGAAGAAGUUGAAGGCGAAUGUAUCGUGAGUCGACACGAGGACAGCGGCAGGAGACGAACGAUUCGUUAGAAUAUCUACGAUUCAUGUGAUUGUAAAUACAUAGCGUAUAAAUAACGUAACGUUAAUUAAUGAUAUGCCGUACGUGUUACACUAAAGAAACAAGAAAUAAACUAAAUAACGUUACUGUGUAAUUUUCCGGAUCGUAAAAACACGUAUUGGAAAAUAAAUAUGGGUCUGGCCGCCCGUGCUAACCGGCUCGGUAAUCACGAUAAUACGGUAUCGGAGGCCAACGAGGCGACGAGUAGGAGGGAUAGAACGAUACGACCAAGUUGAUGUCGCCCGUACACGUAUACGAUGUUCUUAAGAAAAGACGAACAACAAAACGAAGGAAGGGACGGAGUGAGGGGAGAAGAUUCGCGGGUACAUCAGCCUAAUCGAAAUUUUGCUUCCAGAUUAACCGCACAAAACCCGUCGAAUUUGAGGGACCAAGGCAGAAUAUCUUGAGAUAUAACAUUAUACAGGCUAUUUUCCGGCUAUUAUCUUAAUGCUACGAAUGGUCACUUUAUGCUCAUCCUCCACGUUGAAUUAUCCUUAAGAAAAUUUACUUCAGAAUUAUUUAAUAUUGAAUUAUGCCAAUGUUCUAUCCGUCUUACUCUCCAUUCUUAAUUUCAAGAAGCAAUGUCUUAAUUGUGUAAUUUGCUCAAAUGCAGGUAGAUUGCGUGACGAUAAGCAAAUAUUAAAUAAUUAAUACGAAUAGUAGGGUUAACGAACGAAUGGAACAACGAAUUCUCCUUCUUCUUGAUCGCUCUUUAUCAUUAUUUCCUCAUUGCUAUUGGGAAUGCGCACUAGAAAUAUAUGAUUUGUCGCCGCCUACAUCCCGACAUCUUGCGACCUCCGACCUGGUUUCCCGGUUCAGCAACCUGCUUCUAGCACUGAUACUCGUAUAGAUACAAUUUGUUCGGGAAAAAAACACUUUAUUAAUUAAUGCGAUGUUGCCGGGAGUGUGAUAAAAUAUUUCAAGAGUCAACGAAACAUUUGACGUCAAAUGUAAUGUAACGCUCGGUUGCGGAAAAAAGUAUGUGACACGCGAGAGUAUCGAGACAAUCAGCAAAAAGUAAGCUUAUUCUCUCCCAUCAAUCGUCAACCGUAGCCUCUCGAUACUGAGUGCCAAGUGAUUUCACAAUCAAAACAAUCCGGGCCUUGAAGGGGAUUGAACUUAUUCUCGCGCGCUUUUCCGAGUGUUUCCAUUACGCUCCAUCGGCGAGCGGUACUCAUACACACGGAGCACGUAUAUCGGUAUGUUGUUUAUCAUUCUCGUCGAUUGAUUAAAAUAUUUCGUCGAUUCUUGAAUUGUUUAAUCGGGCUCUUGUCAAUAUCGUGUUUAUUAACAUUCGUCUCUCCAAUCAAACAAUAUUUUUGUGAAUGUCUGUGUCAUAAUGGAGCAGCCAGGAUGCUGAAUCGGGAAACCAGGACGCGGACAGCGAUGUUGUAUAUUUCAAAAUAUGUCAAAUGAUUUAUUAUAAAGGAGGAUUACGUUUUAAUGGCGUUUGAUGAACUUAUCGGGAAUAACGAGACACCAGAGUCGAAAUUUAAACCGAUAUUCAUACACUGUUAUUAUUUGACAAGUAAUUAUAGCUUUAUGAAUCUUUACUUACUCGUAAAUUUGUAUACACAUAUCUGUAGUCAUUAAAUUAUUUUAUACAAGCAACGUGAUCCAAACAACCGAAUAACAAUUCAUGAAUAUGAUUGUGAUAAUUAUAGUCUCAAUCGAAGAUAGUAAAUAAAUAAUUUACAAUUAACAUUAGCUCAGAAUUUAACGUAAAUCUCACAAUUGCUGUGAUUUAUGUUUAAUAAUGCUUUUUAGAUCAUGAAUCCGAUUUUGUUUGUUUGUCAGCGCUUUAUUUUCAUUUCCAUUUAAAUCUCUGUCGGCAAAUGCAGCAUUGACUACAUAACUAUUUUAUUAUUUUUGCCUUUACACACACACACACACACAUAGUUCCUUGCUUAUUAGCUCUUUUAAGAGUUUUAAAUUCCAUUGAGACUUCCAACGCCAAAAGAAAACAAAAGGGGAGACUAUGAGGAUAAAGUAUGUUGCUUUUAUACACAUUUACACCUUAAUUCUUAUUGGAUUAUUUAAUACUCGCUUACCUCACACGCUCUAUUUGCAGCUGAGUAAAUGAUACCAUUAAUACAUUAUUGACUGAAACUAUGAAUAAAAAUUGAACAGAGAUAGAACAUAUCAAAAAUAACAAAAUAAAAAAUAAAAAUAUAUUAAGUAAUUUUCGAGGUGCUUUUUCGAGCUUCUUCAGUAUGGAUAAAACGACAAUAAACAACCAUACGUAUGAAAAUAGAAAACAGCCUGGGCGGCGUUAUAUUUCUAUUAUAUUCUUCUAUUAUAUUCUUCAUUGGUCCUUCAAGUUGGACGGAAUUUGCAAGGUGAGGCCAAAAUUUCGAGUCGGAGUAUUCCGGAGGUCGAAAUUUCCAUCCGCGCGGCCGCGACCCGCGAGCCUCCCCGACUGUGAGAUCAUCGGCUCGCCACGGCGCAUCGUUGUUUUAGCAUAGAUCGGUGAGGAAGCAGAGGCGAGAGAAAAGAAACUGAGAGAGACAGAGAGAAAGAGAGAGAAAGAGAGAGAGAGCGAGAUAGAGGCCACGAAGAUCGGAAACGGCACCGGCGCGCACGCUUUUUUCCAGGCGCCCCGGUGCGCACGAGCAUGCGCGGGGAAAAGCGGAGCGCGCGUUUUUCCGCGAGCACGCUCACUUGUGGAUAGCACGGGCCGGCCACACGCGACUAGAUGUAACACUAAUUAACGCCUAGCGUAAGAGAACUAACGGAUAUAAAAGUGCAGAUAUAUUGUCGGACGUAAAAUAACCCAACGAGGGGUGACUGCGCGAGCGAGCGAGCGAGUGUGUGCGUGUGCUCGAGCUCGAGAGAUGCGAGAAACGUGCGCCUGUAGCUUUGGGGUGCUUGCUUUGCGUGAGAGCGACGAAAAGACUGAGCGAGAGAGAGAGAGAGAGAGAGAGAGAAUGAGAGAAAAUUAAUUAACACGUGUGCAUAACACGUACGCACACAUACACACGUACACGUACACGCAAACUGCGAGCAGUUCGUUGGACUGACGCAACGAGGCGUUGGUCAAAUGACGCAUUUUAAGAUAUAAAAAAAAGGGUCGAUCGCGGGGACGCACUUUCUUUCACAUCGUUUCUGCCUGUUCUUCUUAACGCGCCUCGCCUAGGUGGUCGCUCCGACGUCGGCCGGACGGGAAGGGGGCCCGGGUCUCGCGCAAGGGACCCCGUCGCGAAUUGAAAUUUCGCCGCCCUUUUCUCUAACCCUUAACGAGAGCCAACCUCCCCAUCGCCGGGUGGAAGAAGGCACAAACGUGAUUCCGCGCUCGUCCCCGUCGCCCUUUUGCUUCACCGCGGAAAAUAAUGAGAGAAAGGACGAUGGAAGAGAGAGAGAGAGAGAGAGAGAGAGAGAGAGAGGAGUUACGACUCGACUUAAACGCGAGGAGGAAGAUAGACGAGACGGCGGGACGGCGAAACCGAUUAUAAUAGACGUCGUCUAAGAUAUUCUAACGUCGUAGACGCAGCAUUAAAUUUUUGUACCAAAAUCUAUUAUAGUCCUUAAGUGUCGCGUAACACUUCUUUCCGUUCGACGUCGCCGACCGUUGCGGGCUUUGCGUGCUUAAAUUCUCGGUUCUGUCUGAAGAAAAACGAGAAAGAGAGAGAGAGAAAGAGAGGGAAAAGAAGAAGAAAGAGGGAACAGAACGCGUCGCGCGGGAACGGAGUCGGAUGGGGAUGGAACUCGCUCGCGCCCGAAGACGUAUACAUCCUCGUCGCGAGGUUCUCCGUCGAUCGCUCCGCGUCGCCGCGAUCGUACGAGCCUCUCGCCCGGGAAAAACCGAGUUUUUCGCGCGACACGGAGAACCGAGACCGCGGUCAUGGGGCAACCGGGAGCCUCGAGGGAGAGAGAGAGAAGAAGAGAGAGAGAGUCAGUCCUCUCUUCGAUAAAAUCGAGCUACCCGAGCUCGAUCGCUCGGCGGCGCGAAGAACGUGCGCGCGCGCGCCUGCCGAUUUCCAAGAGUCGCGGCACGAAUUUCGAAGUGAACGAACACGCUUUGUUUCGAGAGUGAUGCUUGACCGUCCUGACAGUACGUCGAUGUGCUCUUACGCGUAGAUAACACGAGUUAGAUGUUUUUCGAUAGUAGGCUAUACGAGAAAGAGAGCAAGAAAGGGGGGG